AAAUCGGAUUGAAUAGUAUUGUUUAAGAAAAAGCGCAAUAAAAAUUCUUUUCGGUUGCUUAUGGAAUUUUAUUGAAGGUGCCAAAAAUAUUUCCAUGUUAUCUAUGGUAAAAGUCAUUCAAUACAACCGUGUCAAAACUUAUUUUUGUUUAAAAUAUUGUGAGAAAUAUCCAUGCCUUACAAACUACUAAAGCUUUUAUUUUGAUUUCAUAUGAGAAAACAAUGCAACAAUAAUGGCUCAAGUUGUAGGGAAAAAGUUAGCAGUGGGUAAAGACAACGUUACCCGACCUACCAAAAUCUUAGAUGUGACGGAUAAAAAUUCAAAAGCAAGAAGUAAAAGUAAAAUUCCCAAAACUGUGCGAUAUGAACUGGAAAAUGCAUUAGUCAAUUUGUGCGAUGUGUGGUUUGAUGAAAUAAAGCCGCAUUUAGUGCGCAAUAAGAUAAAGCUACAUAUUCAUCAAGAUGCUGCAGGUGAUGACGAACCCAAGCAAUUACCUCGAGGAGCUCCGGGAAGCUCAAACCUCGAUCCAGGUGAAUCCCAUCUACGUCAGCGGCAAAGUGCGAGCUCAGCCGUUUGUUAUCCAACGCAGCAAGCAGCAUCGAAAGUGCAUUGUCGCAAGCCGCCGCAGGAUCCUUUAUUGACUCCCCGCCACAGGCUUUUAGCUCUGCCACCGAUACAGCAUCCAAAGCAUAGCGAAGGCAACUCAAAACGAAGAACUCGAAGGCGAAGAAAAGUACGCAAACAUACACAAUCUGAGACAAGGUUAAGAAUUCCUCGUCUUUGUAACAAUUUUGGUUUAGAAUCAAAAUCCAAUCAAGUUUAUCAGGAGCCAACGCGCUGUCAAAAGAAUAUCACCAAUGUAAAAACUAAUAAAGCUAAAAUGAAGACAAAAUACACACAAACAGAGUGUAGAGGGAGUCUUGAUGCUGCUACCAUGCCCAUGCCCAAGUCACCAAAACCACUACAGAGGCCACGAGCUCAGAAAUUGCAGCCGAAUAAAAAUAAAUCUCGGACAAUGGAAUCUCCAUUUUUCAAAACGGAUCUCGUUGAUAUCAUUUGCUCGAAACAUGAAGAUAAUUUAGAAGUAUUAUUUAAAAGUCCAACUAAAUCUGAGAUUUCGUCAGUACUGAAUUUAGUUCCAAAAUCCAGUAAAAAAUGUGCAAAAAAGAAAAUGAUUAAACCAUGGAAAUAAGGUUUUGUUGUAUUCUCACUAUAUUUAAUUUUAUGUAAUCUAUCUCGAAAUACUUUACAUACAAAAGAUACGUGAAUUAAUUAUACAUUUAUGAAAAUUAUUACUUGCCUACUUUACUAAUGUUUAGUAGAAAUUUAUUUUUAUAUAAGAUUUAGUUUAUUUUCGUCAUAUGAAUAAAUAUAUUUAGUUUUCA